CGGCCUCGAUGCGAUUGGCUGGUUCGCGGACAGCGGAGCUACGCGAUUGGCCAGUCGCUCACAAGCCCCGUGCCCUGGUUGGCCUAAGGCAGCGCGGAAGCGGGGAGUUAAAGAGUCUAAGCUUGAUGUGGGCUCUGGCCUGGUGCCUCGGAAGCACCCUGGAGUGGCAACUGGGGGCUUCCUACCCUAGGGAGCGUGGUUUCUUUAUUAUACACAUCAGUAGCUUUCCCUCUGUGCUAUGGGAGAUGUCAGAGAAUCAAAAAUGCAGAUAACACCAGAAACUCCAGGAAGGAUCACCAUUUUAAAUCCUUUUGAAAGUCCUAGUGAUUAUUCAAAUCUCCAUGAACAGACUGUCUCCAGUCCUUCUGUUUUUAAAUCAACAAAAUUGCCAACUCCAGGGAAGUUUAGAUGGUCUAUUGAUCAACUAGCUGUAAUAAAUCCUGUAGAAAUAGACCCAGAAGACAUUCAUCGUCAAGCUUUAUACUUAAGUCAUUCUCGAAUAGAUAAGGAUGUGGAAGACAAAAGACAAAAAGCCAUUGAAGAGUUUUUCACUAAAGAUGUCAUUGUACCUUCUCCUUGGACUGAUCAUGGAGGGAAACAGCUUGCAGAGUAUCAUUCCAGUAAAUGUAUAAGUAUAAAUAGUGACUCUCCAAUUGGAAGAAAGCUGACUAUUCAUUCUGAGAAAAGCAAUGCUGCUUGUCAGACAUUGCUCUCUCUUCCUGUGGAUUUUAACUUAGAAAAUGUAUUAGGUGAUUAUUUUAGAGCUGAUGAAUUUGCAGAUCAAUCUCCAGGAAACCUCAGUUCUUCAUCUCUCAGAAGAAAGCUGUUUUUAGAUGGGAAUGGAAGUAUCUCUGACUCCUUAUCUGCAGCUUCUCCCAGAAGUCCUCAUGGUAGUGCCCAAGCAUCACUUGAAGUGUUUUAUUCAAUAGAUUUAUCUCCUGUACGGUGUAGGAGCCCUGUUCAGACACCAAGUUCGGGUCAGUUUUCUUCUAGCCCUAUUCAGGGUAAUGCAAAAAAAUACAGUUUGGGAAGUAUAACCAGUCCUUCACCUAUUUCCUCACCUACUUUCUCACCAAUUGCAUUUCAAAUACGAAAGACACCACUUUCAGAUCAAAGGAAGUUUACUUUUCAUUCUCCUGAUGCUUCAUCUGGAACAAAUUCUAAUGGAAUUAUGAAUCCGUGUAUGAGAAGUCCUUGCAUAGAUGGCUGCUCACCAAUUAAGAAUUGGUCUCCUAUGAGAUUUGAGAUGUGUGGAGGUGGUACUCAGUAUCGGACCUCACUUAUUCGGAUACCUUUCACUCUUGAGGCUCACAGUGAAGAUGAAGAAGAUAAAGAGAAUACUCCUCCCAACGAUGUCUCCUUGCCAGUCUUGGAUACUGCUGGCGUACACCUACGGCAGCUGAAUGGUGAUGCUUUUACUCGUGGUGCACAUUUAGUUGUGACUGCCAUGUCCAUCACGCAAAAUCCAUCCAGUACUUCUGAGAAAGGAUUAGCACUGUUACAAGAUGUUGCAAGUGAGAAGGAGAAUAAUACUGUGGAUAUGGUUGAUCCUGUAGAGAUAGCAGAUGAGAACACAUGGAUUAAGGAGACUGUUGAUAAUAGGAGUUUACCCAUGACUGAUUUUGUGAGUGGAAUUGCCUUCAGUAUUGAAAACUCUCAUAUGUGCAUGUCACCUCUUGCAGAAAGCAGUGUCAUUCCUUGUGAAAGCAGUAACAUUCAGAUGGACAGUGGCUAUAAUACACAGAAUUGUGGAAGCAAUAUCAUGGAUACAGUUGGGGCAGAAAGUUACUUCAAAGAAAGUGAUGCACAAACCUUUGAAGUUGAGAAUAAAUCUCAAGUUUUUAAUACAAAGCAAGACCACACAACACAGAGGUGUUGGAUGAAAGCAGCCAAUCCUUCUCAAAGCAGCAGUCCAUAGACUACCUCUAUCGGAACCAAAAACUAACACUGAAUAGCUCUUAGCAUGUUUUUUUAUGCACAGAAUCAAUAUGAUUGUGAUUGGGAAAAACUGCUUCAACUAACAUGUUUAAAAUUUUUUUGCUUUCCCUCCUUAAUGUGAAAAAUCAAGGGUAAUUUAGUGACAUAGGAACACAGAAAAGCUCCCAAAACUUCAACAGAUUGUUGAAGUACAAGUUUAUUUUUUAUCAAUAAAUAUCUUUGUAAAUACCUUGAGUGAUGUGUUUAACAAUUAAAAAAUACAUUUCAGCUUUAUAAUUGUGACAGUUGCUGACUUUGCUCGUAUCUGACAGGAUCAAGGAAAUGCUAAUCAAGCCUUACUGACCAGCACUGAAUUUAGCAGUUCUAAGAACAUGUGGAAAUAUGUUAAAUGUAAUGCACUAUAUAAAUAUUUUAUUUUACAUAAUAACUUGUGAACAUACAGAUGAAUUUAAAUGAUAAUCUAUGUGACAGAAAUAAAUAUGAUUUAGAGAUAAAACUGAAGCUUAAUAAAGAGGUAGAAAUUAAAUGGGUUUCCUAAAAUUUUAAUUAUUUGUUCAUUUCUGUGGGGAACAUUUUUGUUCCGGUGAUAGCUGCUCUAGUUACUACUUUUAAAAAAUGAAUAUACUAGAAAGGUAGUGCUAACAGCAUCAAAAUAUCAUGUAUUGUUACUAUCAGUGGGUAAAUAAAGACUGCCCAGAAUAAAUAUAUCUCCAUUUCUAGGGGAGGGACAUCAGUAGCUCAAGCUACUGAUUGUGGUUGGCUAGGGAGAGGGAUAAGAACAUGGUACAACCAGGAUAAACAUUGAGAAUUGGGGUGACAGUGGAUUUCCUGUAGGGCUUAGACCUUUGAAAUAACAGGCAGGUAUUUUAUAUAUAUAACUAUUUUAAAAUAUAGAUAUAUAUAUAUCUAUGUUGGGAGUAGAAUGGGUAUAUAACAUUUUUGGAAAUAUUUUUUAUCUUUGAAGAAUGUAUAUUUAUAUUUACUAACUGUCUUGAAAAUUGUCUCAAUCAAAAGAGAAUAACUCAUAUGUAGCCCUAGGAAAUAAAGACAUAUUAUU